AGUUCUUUAUCACCUGAAAAUUUUCAUCCAACUAAGUUCUUUUCAACAAAUAUAUUUAACUUAUGGAUAUCAAUGUUAAGUACAGAUGUGUCAGAUGUAGAGUAUGUCAUAGCAAAGGCAUCCCAGUUCGUGAAGUUGCACCAUCAUGGGAAAGACAUCAACUUUGGGAAGAAGCAUUCAUUACAAAUAGCUUGAGAGUUCUGCAGCAUGUGGAGACUAUUAAAGUUCCUCAUCCAUGGGAAUCUCUCGAAACAAAUUGUUUGGAAGGAAUAUCGUGGGUCCAGAAAAAAUUUCAGGGUCCCGGAGUUAUGACAAAAGUCAUCCAGAAAGAGAUCAUGGAGAGAGCCAGGACGGAAGGGCAUUGGUUAAAGAAACCCGUGUAGUAGAAAUGGAGUUUCUUGUGCUGUAAGAUUUUAAUUGGCGAGCGAGUCACGAAACAUAUGGACCGUGUACAUUUGGGUUAUACUUGGA